CGCAGGGAGGGCCCGGUCGGGCUCCGGCUCCGGCUCCGGCUCCGCCGCCCGGGAGAGAGGCUACCUCCUGUUCCCAGCCGCCACCUCGGGCUCCUCGUCCCCUCCCGGCUGAGCUCAGGCCGCAGCCAGGGGCUGGGCCUCGGCGGUGCUGUAGGCCCCGCGAAGGGCCUGGCCUCGCCCCCCGGGGAGCGCAGGGACCCGGCUCCCGUGUGCUGGGCGCGGGGGGGGGGGUGCUCCCCGGGUUCCUCCUUUGCUCCCCAGCAGGGGGCUGGAGGCGGCCUCGUGGGGAGGGAGGCCGGGUGGGGGGCCGCCCGUCCCCCCCCCCCCCUUACGUAACCUCGCUGGCAGGGGCUGCCCGCGCCGGAGCUGGGCCUCCCCGGCGGCCCGUGUGAGCUGCGCCGAGAGGGAGCCUGCUCGGGAAGGGGCUUCCCGCAACCCCCCGAGCGGGGCUCCAGGCAGGCGGCUCUGAAUCGGGAGCCAGCCGACUCGCGUGGCCGAGGUAGAGGUGUUGGUUCUCGCUGUCAGCCCCGCGGGCUCUGGCCGGCCCGGGACCGUCCCUUCUCAGCCAUCGCUGGGCGAACCGAGCUGGCCUGAAGGGACCCCGGCACGGGGCGGUUUGGGGCUUUGUUGUUUUGAGUGUCGAAAAGCCAAGUAGUGAGAGAAAUGUAGCCUAGAGAGAGGAGUGACAUUGGAAGAGCAGAAAGCGAAAGCUGAAAAAGUGACGGUGAGGGAUUGUAGCCAGACUCCUCAAACCUCCUGCGUUUUUAUCAACGGGUCUUUAAGUCUGUGGGAGUGGAGGAGGAUGGGCCAGCAAAAAGGUAUCUGUGUCCUUAAUGCUGUAGAUCGUGCAGGGAACUGCUACUUCAUGCACUGAACUAAUAGCUGCUAGUCACUACAGCAGAAGCAUGCAGGAGUUGAAUGACCUGGCACGUGAUCCCCCAGCACAGUGUUCAGCAGGGCCUGUUGGAGAUGACAUGUUCCAUUGGCAAGCUACAAUAAUGGGACCAAAUGAUAGUCCCUAUCAGGGUGGAGUAUUUUUCCUGACAAUUCACUUCCCAACAGAUUACCCUUUCAAACCACCUAAGGUUGCAUUUACAACAAGAAUCUAUCAUCCAAAUAUUAACAGUAAUGGCAGCAUUUGUCUUGAUAUUCUACGGUCACAGUGGUCUCCAGCAUUAACUAUUUCAAAAGUACUUUUGUCCAUCUGUUCUCUGUUGUGUGAUCCCAAUCCAGAUGAUCCUUUAGUGCCUGAGAUUGCACGGAUCUACAAAACAGAUAGAGAAAAGUACAACAGAAUAGCUCGGGAAUGGACUCAGAAGUAUGCGAUGUAAUUAAAGAAAUUAUUGGAUAACCUCUACAAAUAAAGAUAGGGGAACUCUGAAAGAGAAAGUCCUUUUGAUUUCCAUUUGACUGCUUUCUAUGAGCCCACGCCUCAUCUUCCCCUGUGCACAUGUUUACCUGAUACAGCAGUGCUGCGUGUUGUACAUACUUGGAACAACAAAAUAGAAAUACUGUAUUCCCCGUACCAACAUUGACUCCUAGCAAAGAAGUGUGUGUGAAAAGCCAGUUCUUCAGUCAUAACUUAGUUGUGAGCCUAAAAGCAUUCCUUAUUGAUUUAAAUUGGGUAAUAAAAUGAGGGGGGAGGAGUGGUGGGUUUCAUCGUUUUCUGGAGACAGUUCACUGACUUGUGGGAGGAUUUUUUUUUAAAUGGAAUCCUUUUAAACUCAUAACAGUUAUGGAAAACCAAGGUGAAGAACUCAAAGCUGUUUCUGUAUUCAUUUUAUUCUGAAGGAUCUACAUCUUAGGUAAAAAUUACGACCAACAAGAUUAACCUGUACCCACAUCCUGUGUCUAAGGUCUAAGUUUAAAUGGUCAACAUUUAAAUGGAUCGGAGCUAUUAGUGCAUCAAGUGAUGUUGAUUUAUUUCAACUCUUCUCUCCCCUCCCUCAUACUUUUUUGGUUUGUAUGUGGUUUCUCAGUUAAUACAUAGCUAAUAGCUCUUAUUUUUCUUAAGUUUUUUUUAACUGCUUAGGUCUUUCUGGAUGUAAGGGUAAAAAUUCAUUUGACAGAAAACUCGUGUAUAUUUAAAGACCCAACUGCUCCCCUGGGGCUUGUACGUUCAAGAAUGAUUAAUCUGUGUAAUAAACUGAUUACUACAGUCAUUACAUAUAACUUUGUGUGAAUAGGCUUUUAAUUUUAAAACCAGUUUGUUACAGGCUAAAAUUAAUGGUGGCUUGUCCUUAAAUGUCUGCAUUCACAAACAGUUGCAUUUCAGAAUCAUGGAGCAAUUCAGUUUGCAUCAGAAAAGGCUAUUCGCCUGAACAAGACAAACGUAAGGUUAAAGCACUUACAUGAACUCAAGAGAUGUAGUGUGCCAGCAACUUGACUGUUAAACCAAAAAAGCAGUUUACUUAAUGAGGAUCUGAGCAACAUUUUACAAAACCUAAUGGUAUUAUUCCCACUUGCAUGGGACUUAACACAAUGCAUAUGUAGGUAAGUGAAACCUUAUGUAACUAAAAGUAAUGGAUGUAAAAGGGUAAAAAUGAUCAAACACAUCAGCACAAACGUUCAUAAAAUGUAGCUUUUACAUGCUUACUUUGCACUAAACAUUUGCAAAUGUUCAUUUGGUUUUAAAUUGUACUUGUAUGUGUCUUAUUUGAACAAAAUCUUCACUUGAAUUCAGUGAAAAUGUAGUUUGAAAUUUUACUUUGUAAACGAGUGUAUUUGCCAGCAACAUUCAUGUGAAAUAGGUGAGUCUGCAAUUUUAUCUCCUUUAGUAUAAUUGUAAACCAAGCCAUCAAAAUGAAGGAGAGGCUAUAGUCUCCAGCCACAGGGGUCUGUCCCAUCCAUUUUCAAAUGCAUCUUUACACUCUUGCACAAAUGAGGAAUAAAUGUCCACUGCGUUUGGUCUAAAUUUGUUCCACUUGUCUCAUCUCUCAAUGUCCUUGGUUUAUGCACAUCUGCAUGUAAAUGUUAGCAGCCUCUGGAGUUUUCUGUGCAGCAGGCUACAGGAAAAACUUGCAUAUACAAAUGAGUCUUGAUAGCAGGCACAUGGUAACUGCUAGGGUUUACACUUGGAGAUUUUUAUACUUAUUGCAUGGGGAAAAAGCGAAGUGUUCUGAUUUAAAAUGGCUCUGAAACAGAGCAGAGUUUCACUUGCAGAGAACUAUAGAAUGUAUGGCCAUAUAUUGAACAGGUGAUGUGCUAAGAACAUAGAACACUUAUUGGAAAAAGUACAGUGGUGAACAAUUUUAUGUGAAGUAACUUGCACUGAAAGGACAAAAGAACUUGGGAAAGGCUUGCACUAUUGAAGCAUUCUCUAAGAGCAUGAUUGUAUUUGCCUAUGUUCAUCUGCUAUUAUGGCCAUAGAAGAAUGAGCCAUAAUGGGGGCCAACAAACUGGGGGCCUUAUAUCUAAUAGUAAUAUUAAAAAAAAAAAAAAAAAAAAAAAAAAAAAAAACUCCAGUGUUAACUGGAGGUUAACUGCUGGUACCCUACUGUGGCAUUUGGGGGAAAGCACAGGGUAAUGUGAAGUCACCAGCACAACUUCCUAUACCAUGUUUGAUCUUCCUUGCCACCUUCAAUGAUAAGGAUAACUAAACAAUUACUUGCCUUUCACCACAUAUCUGUUUUGAGUAUCUUCUAUAAAGUCUCCACAGUCUGCUGUAAGUGCCAGAGAGUGGAAUAUAUAAUCUAAAUCCUUUUUAUGUGGUCAUGGAUUAAAUUACUGAUAAAGACCAAAGUGUGUGUGGUGGGGGAGAGAUUGAGGGGCAAGGGUAGAGGGUUAUAAGAAGAGAUGGAGAAACAAAGGGAGCCUGUUUCAAAGCUGUGGAUGAAGUUCUUGCAUGGUCAGUUGUGAUAGGGUGGCAGAAGUCUGUUCUAGGUAAAAAUAGAUAAGAUCUAAGCUAAUGCAAAAUCACAGGGGUGUUCAGUCUUCUGCAAAAUUCCAGCUUACAAAUGGAUAUCAUCGCUUGUAGUAAAGUGACUUCUACCCUCUGUAGGUGAAGUGAAGGCUUUUAAUCUAUUGGGACCUGAGUUCAUGUAACCGCAGGUGUGAAUAGCACCUUGUGUAGAUGUGUGCAUGUUGUAUUCUAGCUAACUCAUUUAAAAAUAGCAGUGAGGAUGCUAUGGCAUGGGGCUUCAGCAUAGUUACACAUGUACUUGUGGAGGCAAGCAGGCUUGUGCAGCCUGUGCUAAAGCCCAUUCCAUGAUGUUCACUUAAAUUAGCUUGUGGCAAAUUGGAGAACAGAUAACCAAUAAUGUCUGUCUACAUGGGCUUGCAUUCACAUCCCUGGCUACAAAGUAGACCUAUCCUGAAGCAUUACAUGUUGCAAGAAGCUUUUGUUUCUGGGUUAUUUUGCAUCAGUUUGCCCAACCAAGCAGCUAACAGAGCUUGUCUUGACUUUACAGUUCCAGUUAACUAAUUCACUUUAACUGAUACUACUGUGACUUAUAGGGCUGUACCUUCAGAAGCACUCUCCAUCUAACAGUUCCCAUUUUGUUGGGUGCUAAUUAUGUUUACUUAUAUA